AUCUUGAUCCAGUCUUUGUCAAAAGAAAGCCGACACCACGUAUAAUGCCAAGUCUUGAUGAUACAGUAUUAUGGAAAGAAACGUUCUUUCUCAAUUUGAUUGUUCAGUUACCUUGUAAAUUAACGGUUGCUGUAUGCACUCGUACACCAGCUGAUAAUGCAGAUGGUCCUAAUCAAAAAACAAGUAUGACAUGCUCAAGAAAGCAUGUAUCCAAACGCGUUUAUGCACUUCCAACUAAAUCAAGAAUGGAUAUUAAGGAAACAUCCAUGGAAUGCUCCUACCCAAUUAUUUAUUAUGUUAUUGAUGAUUAUGAGGAAAUGUUUGAACAUUUAAUUGUCAGUGAGGGGGAAUAUUUGCGCAAUCGACAUCGAAGGUCUAUGACAAAUGAACCAUUUCCACAGCAUAAUGAUACAAAAAUAACCUUGUUUCAAGGUGCAGCUUCUUAUACUGCUUUGCUAGACAUUUAUAAGCAGAAAACAGCAAACAAACAAAAUAGAAGGUUCAAAAUGGGUCCUCAAACACCACCUACGGAAUAUAUCAUGAUGCGAGGCCCAGGUGGGAAGGGACAUGCUCAGGUGGCUAUCACGGCAUCAUCUUUGGAUGAUGAUUUCUUAGAUAGUACAUCUCCACCUUCAUCUAGAAACAGUGCAUUUCCUGGCCUAGGUCUUGAUAAUAAUUGGCCAGAAAAUAAAGCUACAAAUAAUCAAAAUGGCAAAUCAGCAGUCCGGGGUCAAAGAGCGGGUUCAAAUAACUCAUUUUUUCAAUCAUUGAGAAGAAUUUCACAGUCAAUAACCGAUAAACCUGCACCUGAUCCGGAAAAUUUAAAAUGUUGCAUGACAUUUGUGAGUGUACAUUGGACUAACAUAAUCACGGAUCUUACUACAUACGCAAAGAAAAAACAGCAAGCAUUAUGA